CGCCCGCCUCCUCUUGUCACCUCCCGUCUCAGCCUCCUCGCUCCAUUCCGGCCGCAUCCACCGCCAUCCGAGUGCCUCAAAGAGCGAGAGGUGGUGCGCGGGACCGCAGGGCGCGCCCUCCGGCAGACCCCAGCCCGGCCUUGGCGGGCACGGGCGGCAGCAUGGACACCAAGCGCUGCUUCGCCAACCGCUUCGAUGACUACCAGGGCAGCCUGCUGGCGGGCCAGUGCGAGGAGGCGGUGGCGCCCUUGGUCACCGCCACCAUCGAGCGCAUCCUCCAGGAGCUGCCCCCGCUGGGGGGCGGCGCUGAGGGCCGGGGUGCGGCGGCCGCGGCCAGCAGUUGCCAGGGAGGGCUGUACGGCGGCGUGGCCGGGGUGGCCUACAUGCUCUACCACGUCUCUCAGAGCCCGCUCUUCGCCGGGGCCCGGGAGCGCUACCUGCGCUCGGCCAAGCGCCUCAUCGACGCGUGCGCCCGCGCCGAGGAGUGGGGCGAGCCGGACGCCGACACCCGCGCCGCCUUCCUGCUCGGGGGCGCGGGUGUGUACGCCGUGGCCACGCUUGUGUACCACGCCCUGGGCCGGUCCGACUACGUGCAGCCGCUGGGCAAGUUCCGGUCUCUGUGCGCCGUCUGCGCGCCGGUUUCCUUCCUCGAGUGCGGCUCCGACGAGCUGUUCGUGGGCCGCGCGGGCUACCUGUGCGCCGCGCUCGUGCUCAAGCAGAAACUCGCCCAGGAGGUGCUGACCCCAGCACAGAUCAAAUCAAUUUGCCAGGCGAUCCUGGACUCCGGGAAGCAAUAUGCCAUGAAAAAGAGGAAACCAUUCCCACUGAUGUAUUCUUACUAUGGAACCGAAUACUUGGGAGCAGCUCAUGGCCUGUCGUCCAUCCUCCAGAUGCUUCUUUCUUACCAUGAGCACCUUAAGCCCUCAGAUCAGGAGCUGGUGUGGCAGAGCGUGGACUUCCUUAUGGAGCAGGAACAAAACUGCAACUGGCCACCUGAGCUCGGCGAGGCCAUCGAGAGGGAGAACGAGCUGGUGCACUGGUGCCACGGCGCCCCAGGAAUUGCCUAUCUGUUUGCAAAAGCUUAUCUGGUUUCCAAGAAACCACAGUACCUGGACACAUGUAUCCGGUGUGGGGAACUCACGUGGCAGAAGGGCCUGCUAAAGAAGGGGCCAGGGAUUUGCCACGGGGUAGCUGGCAGUGCCUAUGUCUUUCUGCUGCUAUACCGGCUCACGGGAAACUCUAAAUACAUCUACCGAGCCCAAAGGUUUGCUGAAUUUUUAUUUACCGAGGAAUUCAAGGCUGGUUCCCGGGUCCUUGAAAGUAUAUACAGCUUGUAUGAAGGCUUCUCCGGGACGGUGUGCUUUCUGAUCGAUCUGCUGCAGCCCAACCAGGCUGAGUUCCCUCUCUUCAGCGUCUUUGUUUAGAAGGCUCCGUGUCCCACCGUGGCCCUGCAAGAAGGUUCCUAAGAUUUCCUGAGCUUACUACCUGAGGCAGUUUCCACAUAAGCCACAUUCAAUGGUAUCACAACCAUGAGCCUUAACAUUGCUGUCGGAAGGGAGGGAGCAAGCAGGUGAAGGCAACAUGAUACCUGACUGAAGGGAGAACAGCGUGAGAACCUGCAAACAUAAAGACACCACAACUCUUCUAAAACCCCUAGAGAUGGAAUAGUUCAGGGAAUAGAUGUGAGACCAGAGAUCAGAGGAAAAAGGGAAAGAGAAAUCAUCUGUCUUUCACUUGCGGGAUAGAAAACAAAAUUGAAAUGUGGACUAUGGCAAUGAAAUGCCAAAAAUACCUUUGCAAUUGGAGAGAGAAUUUGACCAUUGGUGGGUGCCCUCCACCCCUAAAUUCAGAAAUAGAAACGAUCAGAAAACUAAAGUAAUUGCCCAGCUAAAACUGCUAGGAGGGACGUGUCAGGUUGCCGAAGGACAAAAAGGGAAACUCUUGGUUGUCCUUUGCCUUUACUUAUUGAAAUUCAUGAUUUUUAAUGAAUGGAGAAAUUUGCGUAUGAAUCUCUAUUUUUUAUCACUACCCUGGGCACUUUAAAGAGGUCAUAUCAUAACUUAGUUUAAACCCCCAAAUUCCAAGUUCCCUUAGGUCUUAGAGCGUCUCUCUUCCUGGGUUCCUUUUUCUUUCCGAAAGCUCAAUUAGAAUAGCAAAAUUCACAGGCUAGCAAAUACCGUAGCAAGUGUUAUACUGUCAAGUGUUUUUCUCAAUUUGAAGCAUAAGCUGUGUACUGUCUAUUGUGAGUAAUUUUUUAAAUGCUUAUGUAAUCCCUAUGAAGCUAUUAGCUGAACUGUAAAAUAUACUCAUGGAAAAAAUCACUCAUCUCAAAGAUCAGGGUAACCACUAUGAAGGUGGGUCAUUUCCGCCUUGGAUGGAAUACUGUGUCCCCUGGGACAGGCACACAGUGGCCUAGAAAGGGACCAGUGAUUAUGAAAAGAACACCGCUCAAUUUUAUACUGUAAGAUUAAGAGAUGCGUGAACUCCCUGGCUGAUCACCUUACCCUCCAAGACACAGGCUCCACUAGAAUUUGUCUACAAUACCCGGUGAGCCAAGUUGUCAUAUUAAAUUCAGCCCUGCCAUAAACACAUAGAAGCUGUAAAACUACUUCAAGUAAAUAGUGUUUCCAGAACGUUGUGGGAGCAUCUGUCACUUCAAUACUCAGAACAUGAGUUUAUCCAUUUUCUAGAAUUUGGUCAGUGUCAAUUACAUAUAUCAGAGUGAGGAGGAAAUUGCAUACUGUAUAAGAUUUAACAAUUAUUUAAAUAGUCAUUAAAUACUUGGAUAUAUGUGAUAGACGUAGAACAUGUAUCAUUAAGUGCUUAGGUGUACAUCAGGAUGUAUAUAUAUCUAGAUAUGUAUCUAGAUAGAUAGAUAGAUACCUAAGCGCUUAUUCAGUUCAGUAGUUCCUAACUUCUUGAUUCAUAGAUGAACUUUGGGAGGAGUUGGGGAAUAUUUUGUUGCCUAAAAAUGUGUGUGUGUGUGUGUGUGUGUGUGUGUGUGUGUGUGUGUGUGCGCGCGCGCGUGCGCAUACACGUGCUCUUUUUUUUCUGGGAAGAGGAUCUCUAGCAUUCACAAGAUUCUCAAAGAGUCUGGGGCUGAAGAAAGGUAAGAACUGUCUGGAUAUUUUCUGACUUCCUUUAUGUUUGCACUCAUCAGAACAAACUAGAACAAAGUGGUUUUGAAAAGCAUGUAUGUUUGUAGCUCAUUGUUUCAUUUUCACAUCCUCAGAUAUAAGUAUAUAAAAUUGGCCUCAAUUGUUCAUCUUUGAACAUACUCAGAUUGGGGCAAUAGCAGCUUUCAGGUGACUCCCAAAGUUGGGUUCUACAAGUUCUUUCAUGAAUGGUCAAGGACCUCUCAGAAAGCCUUAAGACAAAAUGCCUUCUACAAAGUAGUCUCCUUUUGAAAUGAUAGUGGUAGCUGCUUUCCACCAUCUGGAUUUAAAUUCAUUUCAUCUGACCCCUAUAGGCUGACGGUAAUAAACAUUCAAUAUACAGGGCUUUAUAGAACGCAUGCGUUUUUCAUCGUCCAGCAACCCUUCAAGGUGAUUUACGUAAUUGAUCCAAAGUCUCACAGUUAGGAAGGGGCAGAAUGAGGAUUCAGACCCAGGGUUUCACUUCCCACGUGUAUGUAUUUGGUAUUCUAGACUAGAACCUGGGGAUACAGCAGUGAACAAAAUACCCUAGGAAGUUAGCUUCUGUUUCUGUUUGCUGAUCCUUCCACCAUUCAUCCUUAAGACCUAAGCACUAAGAAGUGAUAAUCUAGCUCAACAUACCAGUUUCAUCUCUAGGAACUUCAGAAAAACUGGACUCAUUUCUGCUCACCUGCCCUUCUAAGGUCCAGUAUGGUAACUAUGAUGUUGUUGUGCUAAUCGUUGUGGAAAGGCAACCAUUUUGUCAAAUCCAAGAAAAGGCCAUGUUUGUGUCUUUAUGAAUUGACACCUCAGUAAAUUAGAAACAAGGGUAAGCUUGUUUAGCACUUAAACAUGUUGAUCGUUUUUAUUUUCCUGAGAGUAGAAUUACAAGUUUGGGUAGGUCUUCUUCUAUCUUGUUUUCCCAAGAAGUGGGGAAAAGACCCUUUAGUGUUGCUGUAGAAAAGUGUGGCAUGUCACUUCUUGCUUAAUUAACCAACCUGUUCCGUUCAAUGUAUUAUCCUUUUUUGAAUAGCGCUGAAGUGUGUUGCCUCUUGAAGGCUAUGAGGGUAUUUUCACCACCACUAGUAUAACUUUAAUGUUAUUUACUAUAUGUGAUACGAACAAUUAUAAACCUGAAGGUAACAGUGGAAAUUUGAGGAUAGAUUGAAAGACUCUCUCAACAAUGGGGGAGACUGCCUUAUACUUGGAGAACAGGAAGUUUUGGAAAAUAUUACAACUCCGUGUAUUUUGUUUCAUUAACAAAAUUAUGUAUCUUCUCUUUCAUGUACCCCCCCAUGUAUCUUUAUUUUGCCAUUUCAGUCAUCAGAUUUUACUUUUUUAUUCCAUUUGUAACCUGGUAACUGAGAACAGAGGUUUGAGAGCAUAUAUUCCCCUGUGCUUCUUUAGGUAAUUGACUACACUAUUAAGAUAAUUGUAUUCACUUUCUGAUAACUCUGAGAAACAGAGUCAUUUUCUUGGCCUGUGCUAAAUUGGAACUUUUCCAUGGCAAUUUGUAUCUUUAACUUUCUUUGACACACUUAAGGUUUUAAUCAAGACAGUGUUCAAGUUGUUUCCAUUUCUGUAGAGAGCAAAUCUCAAUAAUUUCAAUGCAACAAACGUAAGUUUGUGAUUUAUAGCCAUGUUCAGGGAACACAUGAUUAAAAGAAAAAAUACUAGUAAUGCAAAGA